AUGAUGUGUGAAGUGAUGCCCACGAUUAAUGAGGACACCCCAAUGAGCCAAAGGGGGUCCCAAAGCAGUGGCUCGGACUCAGACUCCCAUUUUGAGCAGCUGAUGGUGAAUAUGCUAGAUGAAAGGGAUCGUCUUCUAGACACCCUUCGGGAAACCCAAGAAAGCCUCUCACUUGCCCAGCAAAGGCUGCAGGAUGUCAUCUAUGACAGAGAUUCUCUCCAGAGACAGCUCAAUUCAGCCCUGCCACAGGAUAUCGAAUCCCUAACAGGAGGGCUGACUGGUUCUAAGGGGGCUGAUCCACCGGAAUUUGCUGCACUGACAAAAGAAUUAAAUGCCUGCAGGGAACAACUUCUAGAAAAGGAAGAAGAAAUUUCUGAACUUAAAGCUGAAAGAAACAACACAAGACUAUUACUGGAGCAUUUGGAGUGCCUUGUGUCACGACAUGAAAGGUCACUAAGAAUGACGGUGGUGAAGCGACAAGCCCAGUCCCCCUCUGGAGUGUCCAGCGAAGUUGAGGUUCUCAAGGCGCUGAAAUCUUUAUUUGAGCACCACAAGGCCUUGGAUGAAAAGGUAAGGGAGCGACUGAGGGUUUCUUUAGAAAGAGUCUCUGCACUGGAAGAAGAACUAGCUGCUGCUAAUCAGGAGAUUGUUGCCUUGCGUGAACAAAAUGUUCAUAUACAAAGAAAAAUGGCAUCAAGUGAGGGAUCCACAGAAUCAGAACACCUUGAAGGGCUGGAACCUGGCCAGAAGGUCCAUGAAAAGCGUUUGUCCAAUGGUUCUAUAGACUCAACUGAUGAAACAAGUCAAAUAGUUGAACUACAAGAAUUGCUUGAAAAACAAAACUACGAAAUGGCCCAAAUGAAAGAACGCUUAGCAGCCCUUUCUUCCCGAGUGGGAGAGGUGGAACAGGAAGCAGAGACAGCAAGAAAGGAUCUCAUUAAAACAGAAGAAAUGAACACUAAGUAUCAAAGGGACAUUAGGGAGGCCAUGGCACAGAAGGAAGAUAUGGAAGAAAGAAUCACAACCCUUGAGAAGCGUUACCUCAGUGCUCAGAGAGAAUCUACCUCCAUACAUGACAUGAAUGACAAACUAGAAAAUGAGUUAGCAAAUAAAGAGGCCAUCCUACGGCAGAUGGAAGAGAAGAACAGACAGUUACAAGAGCGUCUUGAGCUGGCUGAGCAAAAGCUGCAGCAAACUAUGAGAAAAGCUGAGACCUUACCUGAAGUAGAGGCUGAACUGGCUCAGAGAAUUGCAGCCCUGACAAAGGCUGAAGAAAGACAUGGAAACAUUGAAGAACGUAUGAGGCAUCUAGAAGGUCAACUUGAAGAGAAAAAUCAAGAGCUUCAAAGAGCUAGGCAAAGAGAGAAAAUGAAUGAGGAGCACAACAAAAGAUUAUCCGAUACCGUGGAUAGACUUCUGACUGAAUCCAAUGAACGCUUACAGCUACACUUAAAGGAACGAAUGGCUGCUCUAGAAGAGAAGAAUGUUUUAAUUCAAGAAUCAGAAACUUUCAGAAAGAAUCUGGAAGAAUCUUUACAUGAUAAGGAAAGAUUAGCAGAAGAAAUGGAAAAGCUGAGAUCUGAACUUGACCAGUUGAAAAUGAGAACUGGCUCUUUAAUUGAACCCACAAUAUCAAGAACUCAUCUAGACUCCUCAGCUGAGCUGCGGUAUUCUGUUGGAUCCCUAGUGGACAGCCAACCUGAUUACAGAACAACGAAAGUAAUAAGAAGACCAAGGAGAGGCCGCAUGGGUGUGCGGAGAGACGAGCCAAAGGUGAAAUCUCUUGGAGAUCAUGAAUGGAAUAGAACUCAACAAAUUGGCGUGCUAAGCAGCCACCCUUUUGAAAGUGACACAGAAAUGUCUGACAUUGAUGAUGACGACAGAGAAACUAUUUUUAGCUCAAUGGAUCUUCUCUCUCCAAGUGGUCAUUCGGAUGCCCAGACUCUAGCCAUGAUGCUUCAGGAGCAACUGGAUGCUAUCAACAAAGAAAUCAGACUAAUUCAGGAAGAAAAAGAAUCUACAGAGUUACGUGCUGAAGAAAUUGAGAACAGAGUGGCUAGUGUGAGUCUGGAAGGCCUGAAUUUAGCGAGGGUCCACCCAGGUACCUCCAUCACUGCCUCAGUUACAGCUUCUUCGCUGGCCAGUUCAUCUCCCCCCAGUGGACACUCAACGCCAAAGCUUACCCCUCGAAGUCCUGCCCGGGAAGUGGAUCGGAUGGGUGUCAUGACACUGCCAAGUGAUCUAAGGAAACAUCGGAGAAAGAUUGCAGUGGUAGAAGAAGAUGGUCGGGAGGAUAAAGCAACAAUUAAAUGUGAAACUUCUCCUCCCCCUACCCCUAGAGCCAUCAGGAUGACUCACACCCUCCCUUCUUCCUACCACAAUGAUUCCCGAAGUAGCUUAACUGCCUCCCUCGAGCCUGAAAGCCUUGGGCUUGGCAGUGCCAACAGCAGCCAAGACUCUCUUCAUAAAGCCCCCAAGAAGAAAGGAAUCAAGUCUUCAAUAGGACGUUUGUUUGGUAAAAAAGAAAAAGCUCGACUUGGGCAGCUCCGAGGCUUUAUGGAGACUGAAGUUGCAGCUCAGGAGUCCCUGGGGUUAGGCAAACUUGGAACUCAAGCUGAGAAGGAUAGAAGACUGAAGAAAAAGCAUGAACUUCUAGAAGAAGCUCGGAGAAAGGGAUUACCUUUUGCCCAGUGGGAUGGGCCCACUGUAGUAGCAUGGCUAGAGCUCUGGUUGGGAAUGCCUGCUUGGUACGUGGCAGCCUGCCGAGCCAAUGUGAAGAGCGGUGCCAUUAUGUCUGCUUUAUCAGACACUGAGAUCCAGAGAGAAAUUGGAAUCAGCAAUCCUCUGCAUCGUUUAAAGCUCCGAUUAGCAAUCCAGGAGAUGGUUUCCCUAACCAGUCCUUCAGCACCUCCGACAUCCAGAACUCCUUCAGGCAACGUUUGGGUGACCCAUGAAGAAAUGGAAAAUCUUGCCGCUCCAGCAAAAACGAAAGAAUCUGAGGAAGGAAGCUGGGCCCAGACCCUGGCAUAUGGAGAUAUGAACCACGAGUGGAUUGGAAAUGAAUGGCUUCCCAGCCUGGGGUUACCUCAGUACAGAAGUUAUUUUAUGGAAUGCUUGGUAGAUGCAAGAAUGUUAGAUCACCUAACAAAAAAAGAUCUCCGUGUCCAUUUAAAAAUGGUGGAUAGUUUCCAUCGAACAAGUUUACAAUAUGGAAUUAUGUGCUUAAAAAGGUUGAAUUAUGACAGAAAAGAACUAGAAAGAAGACGAGAAGCAAGCCAACAUGAAAUAAAAGAUGUGCUGGUGUGGAGCAAUGAUCGAGUUAUUCGCUGGAUACAAGCAAUUGGACUUCGAGAAUAUGCAAAUAAUAUUCUUGAAAGUGGUGUGCAUGGCUCACUUAUAGCCCUGGAUGAGAACUUUGACUACAGCAGCUUAGCUUUAUUACUACAGAUUCCAACACAGAACACCCAGGCAAGGCAGAUUCUCGAAAGGGAAUACAAUAACCUCCUGGCUCUGGGAACUGAACGGCGACUGGAUGAAAGUGAUGACAAGAAUUUCAGGCGUGGGUCAACCUGGAGAAGGCAGUUUCCUCCCCGUGAAGUACAUGGAAUCAGCAUGAUGCCUGGGUCCUCAGAGACAUUACCUGCUGGAUUUAGGUUAACCACAACAUCUGGACAGUCAAGGAAAAUGACAACGGAUGUUGCUUCAUCAAGACUGCAGAGGUUAGACAACUCCACUGUUCGCACAUACUCAUGUUGACAAGCCACUCAAAGGAGGCAGCACUGACUUGCUAUGUCGUCUUUUCAGUCUAC